UUCUUCAAAUUUGUUUCCCAAACCACUUGCUGCGAGAAAGCAUGCUUUACGACAGUGUCGCAAAUCACGAUGCAACUUCACUCAUGGAAACGAGCCCGUGGACGGAGUUUUGUUUGCACUCUUGGGGAGCUAACAGCUACGGGCAGCUCGGACAGGGGCACGUGGAGGACCUGUCGGAGCCCCGGCUCUCUGACACCACCGCUCUACAAGAAACUGCUUUACGGGCCGUCAGCGGCGGCGGGGGUCACACCGCGGCCCUUACCGAAAGGGGAGAGGUGUUUGUGUGCGGACAGAAUCACAGAGGCCAGCUGGGACUUGGCCACAAUGCAGAUGUCUCAACUCUCCAACUCUGCCCCAGUCUGAACCAAAGGCUCACAAAAGUAGUCUGCGGUUGGGAUUUUACUCUUCUUCUCAACGAUUGUGGUGGAAUACUAGCAUGUGGCUCCAAUGCUUAUGGACAACUGGGUGUUGGACCAAACGUCUCACACUCUGCAGAUCUCCUGCUCGUUGAGAGUCUGGAGGAGCCAGUGGUGAGCAUAGCAGCAGGACUCAGACAUUCACUAGCCGUUACAUACUCAGGCCGUGUAUAUCAGUGGGGUAGUGGCCUUCACACUCACGCUAAGAGAGCCCUAAGUCCACGUCCCGUCCCACCACAUCUCACCUCUAUGGUGCCAAUUCUGGUACCAGGUUUGGAUCAGAAAACCUCACACAGUGUAACAGCAGGCUCAGCGCACUGCGUGUGUCUCACAGGAGACGGGGAUCUGUUCCUGUGGGGAAGCAACAAGCGUGGCCAGCUGACCACUGCAGAGCCCUUCCUGUCCACGCCAACCCUUGUGAAUCGCUCGCUGCUGGGAGGCGAGAAAGUUACCGCUGUGUGGAGCGGCUGGACGCACGUGGUGGCUCAAACAGAAAGUGGACGAGUGUUCACAUGGGGCAGAGGAGAUUAUGGGCAGCUGGGCCGACGAGCAUCAACCAGUCAGAACUCGACGUGUGCGUUGACAGACCAGGAAGCCCGCCUCCCUGCCGAGGUUAGCGCCCUCCGCGGAGCGACACAGAUUGCAUGCGGAUCGGAACACAACCUUGCCAUUGUAGAUGGGUGUCUCCUCUCCUGGGGCUGGAACGAACACGGGAUGUGCGGAGUCGGUUCGCACAGCGACGUCCGCCAGCCGCGUCCCGUCCCCGGGGUCAGACCGCUUCUCAUUGGCUGCGGCGCUGGACAUUCUAUGGCAACGUGCGCCGCGACGACCGACCGGAGACAAAACUCUGCUUUAACUGCUUUGCCUCACUGACCUCGGAGGAGGAACAUUUAUUCAUCAUCGGACGAGGAAAAACCCAAAUGGCUUUGUGAAUUAACAGUGGUUACUUAUUAAGUGGCUAAUUGGCGGUUUGCAAAGCCCCUCAUGAUUAUUUGAAGUGUCUUACACUGCAACUUUCACCUUCCAAAUGGCCUACUUAAGCUCCUUGAAAGAAUCCGGCUGCACUGGCCAUAAAUACCGACUGAUUGAUGCUCCACGUGAAAACAAGCCGUUAUUUCUCCAAGCAGCCUGGUACUUUGAUUAAAGGUGAUUGGGGCCGACGGCUUUGCAGGACAUGGCCACGCCCACUGCUCUGGCCAUGCUGGUCUCUCAGAAGGAAGCCUUUAUGGGUCGCGUGAGGAAGGGGCCGGACUGCCGCUAUGGCUACAUCCAUGUUAGCAGUUUUAUUGCUGGGAUGAUUUGUAUCAGAAAGCAGUCAAUCUAUGCACUCUUGUGAUUUACCAAUUAUACACAAAGUACAUUGCAAUUUCUUUAGACUACUGUCCAUCACUUCUGGAUGUUUUUUGCAUUCUGACAUUUUUUCCGCUGCACUCGCCCCAACAUACAUAUUUAUAAGUAUUGGGUGGCCGCAGUGCACCACGCGGUGACCAACCUGCAAGUCUGAAGACACGGCUGUGGUCGAGGGCAGUGGCGGAAAUGAGAAUACCCCCCC